AUGCAUUGCAUCAAGAUUAGAAAAGCCACGAAUUACGAUGAUUUAAGUAACGAAUGUGACCAGACGAACAAUGAACCGGCUGCUUUAAUUAAGUCUUUCAAGGGGAAUGAUACCACUUUGGGCACUAAUAUUGCAUCGCAAUCUACCUCCCGUACUACAAAGAGACCUGCCGAAAAAAUAACGAAUUCGCAAUUAAAUUUCCAAGUAUCUGAAGGUCGCCACAAUCCGCCUCUAUUGUCUUCUAUUAAGCGCCGCCGUCUCGAUCAUGAGCCCAGUUUGAAUCAAAAAUCCCAUUCUACUAAGCACGUUGAGCCCGCACGAGUUUUGUGCACUAACACUUCCUCGCGAGAAUCUCGCUUUAGUACAUUUAACCCACAACAUCUUCACCAAGAGCCUCUACAUGUUAAACUAUUGCAUCGCUCGUCCUGCUCCCCUCCGCAUCACAUUGAUAAGCAACGGCGACUCCAUAUGCCUCUUCAAGCCAAACAGACGAGCUACGUACCUCACAAGCAUUUGUGCAAAAAGGCCUGUGAAAAGCGGUGCCCCCCAAUUACAUCUCAUCGUGAUAUUGUUACCUCUAAUCCAGAGCUACCUAAAUCUCCUGUUGUUUCUAGUCAGCAUUCAUCGGUACGCGAGCUCGCUACCGGUCCUUUUCGUCACGGAGUUAAUGCCAUUUCAUACUCAGGUCGCGCAAGUGACGCGUUAAGCCGACACACAAAUCUAGGUUAUACUUCCAGAAUUGGUAGUGUCUCGCGGGCCACUGACAACACUCGAAGCAUGCAAAGUACCUAUCAGGGUCCUCCUACUUUCAAGUUCCCUGAAUCUAAUAUGCGGUCAGGUUAG